CGGCGCGCGCUCCCGCUUCCGGUGAGGUGUCAUGGCGGGCCCCGCGCGCUGAGGGCCCGAGCCGACCCCGCCCGCCGGAGCCGCCGCUGCGGGGCGGGAGGCGGGACAUGGCGGCGCACAAGCCCGUGGAGUGGGUGCAGGCCGUGGUGAACCGCUUCGACGAGCAGCUUCCAAUCAAGGUUUGCCAGCAGAAUACCCACACCAAAGUCAGUACUGAGCACAACAAGGAAUGUCUCAUCAACAUUUCCAAGUACAAGUUUUCCCUGGUCAUCAGUGGUCUCACUACUAUCUUAAAAAAUGUUAAUAACAUGAGAAUAUUUGGAGAAACUGCUGAAAAGAAUUUAUAUCUAUCUCAGCUGAUUAUCUUGGAUACACUGGAAAAAUGUCUGGCAGGGCAACCCAAGGACACCAUGCGGCUGGACGAGACCAUGCUGGUGAAGCAGCUGCUGCCCGAGAUCUGCCACUUCAUCCACACGUACCGCGAGGGGAACCAGCACGCGGCCGAGCUGCGCAGCUCCGCCUCGGGGGUGCUCUUCUCCCUCAGCUGCAACAACUUCAACGCCGUCUUCAGCCGCAUCUCCACCAGAUUGCAGGAACUGACUGUUUGCUCAGAAGAUAACGCUGAUGUUCACGAUAUUGAACUUUUACAGUACAUCAGUGUGGAUUGUUCCAAACUCAAGCGACUCUUACAGGAGACUGUAUUCAAGUUUAAAGCCCUUAAGAAAGUAGCUCAGUUAGCUGUUAUCAACAGUCUGGAAAAGGCAUUUUGGAACUGGGUGGAAAACUAUCCUGAUGAAUUCACAAAGCUGUACCAAACACCCCAGACCGACAUGGCUGAUUGUGCUGAGAAGUUGUUUGACUUGGUGGAUGGCUUUGCUGAAAGCACAAAGCGUAAAGCAGCAGUGUGGCCACUGCAGAUCAUCCUGCUGGUCCUGUGUCCAGAGAUAAUCCAAGAUAUAGCAAAGGACGUGGUAGAGGAGACCAAAAUGAACAAGAAGCUGUUCCUGGACAACCUCAGGAAGGCCCUUGCAGGCCACAGUGGGAGCAGGCAGCUGACUGAAAGUGCUGCUAUUGCUUGUGUUAAACUGUGCAAAGCAUCUACCUACAUCAACUGGGAAGAUAAUUCUGUCAUUUUCCUGCUGGUGCAGUCCAUGGUACUAGAUCUUAAGAACCUGCUGUUUAACCCAAGCAAGCCUUUCUCAAGAGGCAAUCAGAAUGCAGAUGUAGACCUGAUGAUUGACUGCUUGGUUUCCUGCUUCCGCAUAAAUCCUCACAACAACCAGCACUUUAAGAUCUGCUUGGCACAGAAUUCCCCAUCAACAUUUCAUUAUGUGCUGGUAAAUUCGCUCCACCGAAUUAUCACAAAUUCGGCGCUGGACUGGUGGCCCCGGAUCGACGCGGUCUAUUGCCACUCGGUGGAGCUGCGCAGCAUGUUCAGCGAGACCCUGCACAAGGCCAUCCAGGGCUGCGGGGCCCACCCCGCCAUCCGCAUGACCCCGAGUCUUACAUUUAAGGAGAAAAUGACAAGCCUUAAAUUUAAAGAAAAACCUACUGAUUUGGAAACCAGAAGCUACAAGUUCCUGCUGUUGUCCCUGGUAAAACUGAUCCAUGCAGAUCCAAAGCUUUUGCUGUGUAAUCCCAGGAAGCAGGGCCCUGAGACGCAGGGGAGCACGGCAGAGCUGAUCACAGGCCUUGUCCAGCUGGUGCCACAGUCCAGCAUGCCAGACAUAGCCCAGGAGGCCAUGGAGGCCUUGCUGGUUCUGCACCAGUUGGACAGCAUUGACUUGUGGAAUCCUGAUGCUCCUAUAGAAACAUUCUGGGAAAUCAGCUCACAAAUGCUUUUUUAUAUCUGCAAGAAGCUCACGAGCCAUCAGAUGCUGAGCAGCACGGAAAUCCUCAAGUGGCUGCGAGAGAUUCUCAUCUGUAGGAAUAAAUUUCUUCUAAAAAACAAACAGUCAGAUAGGAGUUCCUGCCACUUCCUCUUCCUUUAUGAUGUCUCUGGAAGUGGAACCAGCCAAAUUUCUCUUGACCACGAAGAAAUGAUACGCUGUGCACCAGGAGCUACCCUCAGGAAAGGGAAAGGGAAUUCUUCCAUGGAAAGCACGGCGGGAUGCAGCGGAACCCCCAUCUGCCGCCAAGCCCAGACCAAACUGGAAGUGGCCUUGUACAUGUUUCUGUGGAGCCCAGACAUCGAGGCAGUGCUGGUGGCCAUGUCCUGCUUCCGCCACCUCUGCGAGGAGGCCGACAUCAGGUGUGGAGUGGAUGAAGUCUCGGUCCAUAAUUUUCUGCCAAACUACAACACUUUCAUGGAGUUUGCAUCUGUUAGCAACAUGAUGUCGACAGGGAGAGCAGCUCUUCAGAAGAGAGUGAUGGCGUUACUGAGGCGCAUCGAGCACCCAACUGCAGGCAACACAGAGGCCUGGGAGGAUACACAUGCAAAAUGGGAACAAGCUACAAAACUAAUCCUUAAUUAUCCAAAGACCAAAAUGGAAGAUGGGCAGGUCACCGAGAGCCUGCACAAGACGAUCGUGAAGCGGCGCAUGUCUCACGUCAGCGGGGGCGGCUCCAUCGACCUGUCGGACACGGACUCGCUGCAGGAGUGGAUCAACAUGACGGGCUUCCUGUGUGCCCUGGGGGGGGUGUGCCUGCAGCACCGCAGCAACGCGGGGCUGGCCACCUACAGCCCCCCCAUGGGCCCCGUCAGCGAGCGCAAGGGCUCCAUGAUCUCCAUGGUGUCCACCGAGGGCAGCGUGGAGACGCCCGUCAGCAAGUUCAUCGACCGGCUCCUCACACUCAUGGUCUGCAACCACGAGAAGGUGGGGCUGCAGAUCCGCACCAACAUCAAAGACCUGGUGGGCUUGGAGCUCAGCCCAGCGCUCUAUCCGAUGCUCUUUAACAAGCUGAAGAAUACCAUCAGCAAGUUCUUUGACUCCCAAGGACAGGUUUUGUUAACUGACACCAACACACAAUUUGUAGAGCAGACCAUUGCUAUAAUGAAGAAUUUGCUUGACAAUCACACAGAAGGGAGCUCAGAACAUCUUGGACAAGCGAGUAUUGAGACAAUGAUGCUAAAUCUGGUUAGGUAUGUGCGUGUGCUUGGAAAUUUGGUACAUGCCAUUCAGAUAAAAACGAAGCUCUGUCAGUUGGUAGAAGUAAUGAUGGAAAGGAGAGAUGACCUUUCAUUUUGUCAAGAAAUGAAAUUUAGGAACAAAAUGGUGGAAUAUUUGACAGACUGGGUUAUGGGAACAUCUAAUCAAGCAACAGAUGAGGAUGUGAAAUGCUUGACAAGAGAUUUGGACCAGGCGAGUAUGGAGGCAGUGGUUUCUCUUCUUGCUGGGCUUCCACUCCAGCCUGAGGAAGGAGAUGGUGUUGAGUUGAUGGAAGCAAAAUCUCAAUUAUUUCUAAAGUACUUCACGCUGUUCAUGAACCUGCUGAACGACUGCAGCGAGGUGGAGGACGACGGGGCGCAGGCGGGCGGCAGGAAGCGCGGCAUGUCGCGCAGGCUGGCCUCGCUGCGCCACUGCACCGUGCUGGCCAUGUCCAACCUGCUCAACGCCAACGUGGACAGCGGCCUCAUGCACUCCAUAGGCUUGGGCUAUCAUAAAGACCUCCAAACAAGAGCCACGUUUAUGGAAGUCCUCACCAAAAUUCUGCAGCAGGGAACAGAAUUUGAUACGUUAGCAGAAACAGUGCUAGCGGAUCGGUUCGAGAGAUUGGUGGAGUUGGUUACAAUGAUGGGUGAUCAGGGGGAGCUUCCUAUCGCUAUGGCUUUAGCCAAUGUGGUGCCUUGUUCCCAGUGGGACGAGCUGGCUCGUGUCCUGGUCACACUCUUUGAUUCCCGGCACUUGCUCUACCAGCUCCUCUGGAAUAUGUUCUCAAAGGAAGUUGAGCUGGCAGAUUCCAUGCAGACACUCUUCCGAGGAAACAGCUUAGCCAGUAAAAUAAUGACUUUCUGUUUUAAGGUAUAUGGUGCUACGUACUUGCAGAAGCUUUUGGAACCUUUGCUGAGGACUGUGAUCACAUCUUCUGAGUGGCAGCAUGUUAGCUUUGAGGUGGAUCCAACAAGGCUGGAGCCCGCAGAGAGCCUGGAGGAGAACCAGCGGAGUCUCUUGCAAAUGACAGACAAGUUUUUUCAGGCAAUCAUUAAUUCUUCCUCGGAGUUCCCACCCCAGCUGCGCAGUGUGUGCCAUUGUUUAUACCAGGCAACUUGCCACUCUCUACUGAAUAAAGCUACCGUAAAAGAAAAAAAGGAAAACAAAAAAUCAGUGGUGAGCCAGCGCUUCCCCCAGAACAGCAUCGGCGCAGUGGGCAGUGCCAUGUUCCUGCGCUUCAUCAACCCCGCCAUCGUGUCCCCGUACGAGGCCGGCAUCCUGGACAAGAAGCCCCCGCCCAGGAUCGAGAGGGGCCUGAAGCUCAUGUCAAAGAUACUUCAGAGUAUUGCCAACCACGUCCUGUUUACAAAGGAGGAGCACAUGCGGCCUUUUAAUGACUUUGUGAAAAGCAACUUCGACGCAGCACGAAGGUUUUUCCUUGACAUCGCGUCCGACUGCCCGGCGAGUGACACCGUCAACCACAGCCUGUCCUUCAUCAGCGACGGCAACGUCCUGGCCCUGCACCGCCUGCUGUGGAACAACCAGGAGAAAAUCGGCCAGUACCUUUCCAGCAACAGGGACCACAAGGCUGUUGGACGACGACCUUUUGACAAGAUGGCCACUCUUCUUGCCUACCUGGGGCCUCCUGAGCACAAACCUGUGGCAGACACACAUUGGUCCAGUUUAAAUCUCACCAGUUCCAAAUUUGAAGAGUUUAUGACGAGGCAUCAGGUACAUGAAAAAGAGGAGUUCAAAGCACUGAAAACGUUGAAUAUUUUCUACCAAGCUGGGACAUCCAAAGUUGGCAAUCCUGUUUUCUACUACAUCGCUCGGCGGUUCAAGACUGGGCAGAUCAAUGGCGAUCUGCUGAUCUACCACGUGCUGCUGACCCUGAAGCCAUACUAUGCAAAGCCAUACGAAAUCGUGGUGGACCUCACACACGCUGGCCCCAGUAAUCGCUUUAAAACAGACUUUCUUUCUAAAUGGUUUGUAGUUUUUCCAGGCUUUGCUUAUGAAAAUGUCGCAGCAGUUUUUAUUUAUAACUGUAACUCUUGGGUCAGAGAAUACACCAAAUACCAUGAAAGACUCUUGACAGGUCUGAAAGGAAGCAAAAGGCUUGUUUUCAUAGACUCUCCAGGGAAGCUGGCAGAGCACAUCGAACACGACCAGCAGAAGCUCCCAGCAGCUACCUUGGCUUUGGAGGAGGACUUGAAAGUGUUUCACAAUGCUCUCAAACUGGCUCAUAAAGACACCAAAGUUUCUAUUAAAGUUGGGUCGACAGCUGUGCAGGUGACAUCGGCAGAGCGAACACGAGUCCUGGGCCAGACGGUGUUUUUAAAUGACAUAUACUACGCCUCUGAAAUUGAGGAGAUCUGUCUUGUUGAUGAGAACCAGUUUACCCUGACCAUUGCCAACCAAGGCACACCGCUCACCUUCAUGCAUCAGGAGUGUGAAGCCAUCGUGAGGUCCAUCAUUCACAUCCGGACACGGUGGGAGCUGUCCCAGCCCGACUCCAUCCCUCAGCACACCAAAAUCCGUCCCAAGGAUGUCCCCGGAACGCUGCUCAACAUAGCACUGCUCAACCUGGGGAGCUCAGACCCCAGUCUGAGGUCUGCUGCCUAUAACCUCCUAUGUGCCUUAACCUGUACCUUUAAUUUAAAGAUUGAGGGCCAGUUGCUGGAAACUUCAGGUCUGUGUAUUCCUGCCAACAACACACUAUUUAUUGUAUCUAUCAGUAAGACACUUGCAGCAAACGAGCCACACCUCACCUUGGAGUUCUUGGAGGAGUGUAUUUCAGGAUUUAGCAAAUCCAGUAUUGAACUGAAACACCUGUGUCUGGAGUACAUGACUCCCUGGCUGUCCAACCUGGUCAGGUUCUGCAAGCACAACGACGAUGCCAAGCGCCAGCGGGUCACUGCAAUUCUGGAUAAGCUCAUAACAAUGACAAUAAAUGAGAAACAGAUGUAUCCCUCCAUUCAGGCUAAGAUAUGGGGAAGUCUUGGACAGAUAACAGAUCUCCUGGAUGUAGUGCUGGACAGCUUCAUCAAAACCAGUGCCACGGGGGGCUUGGGCUCCAUCAAAGCAGAGGUGAUGGCAGACACUGCUGUGGCACUGGCUUCUGGCAAUGUCAAACUCGUGUCAAGCAAAGUGAUUGGGAGGAUGUGUAAAAUCAUCGACAAGACUUGUCUGUCCCCCACUCCCACGCUGGAGCAGCACCUGAUGUGGGAUGACAUUGCUAUCCUGGCACGCUACAUGCUGAUGCUGUCCUUCAACAACUCCCUGGAUGUGGCUGCUCACCUCCCCUACCUCUUCCACGUGGUCACUCUGCUGGUGGCCACAGGUCCCCUUUCCCUCAGAGCUUCCACUCACGGUCUCGUCAUCAACAUCAUUCACUCUCUGUGCACUUGCUCACAGCUUCACUUCAGUGAGGAGACCAAGCAAGUUUUAAGGCUGAGCUUGACUGAGUUCUCCCUGCCCAAAUUCUAUCUGCUGUUUGGGAUCAGCAAAGUGAAGUCGGCCGCGGUCAUCGCCUUCCGCUCCAGCUACCGCGACCGGUCCUUCUCGCCCGGCUCCUACGAGAGGGAGACCUUCGCUCUGACCUCGCUGGAGACCGUCACCGAGGCCCUGCUGGAGAUCAUGGAGGCUUGUAUGAGGGAUAUUCCAACGUGCAAGUGGCUGGACCAGUGGACUGAACUAGCUCAAAAGUUUGCAUUCCAGUAUAACCCCUCCCUGCAGCCAAGAGCACUGGUUGUCUUUGGCUGCAUAAGUAAACGUGUGUCUCACGGACAGAUAAAACAAAUCAUCCGAAUUCUCAGCAAGGGACUUGAGAGCUGUUUAAAAGGCCCUGAUAAUUACAAUAGCCAAGUUCUAAUAGAAGCCACAGUAAUAGCCCUCACCAAGCUGCAGCCUCUUCUUAACAAGGACUCCCCUAUGCACAAGGCUCUCUUCUGGGUGGCCAUGGCAGUGCUGCAGCUGGAUGAAGUGAACCUGUACUCGGCAGGAACAGCACUGCUGGAGCAGAACCUGCACACCCUGGACAGCCUGCGGGUGUUCAAUGACAAGAGCCCAGAAGAGGUGUUCAUGGAGAUCAGGAGGCCACUUGAAUGGCACUGCAAGCAAAUGGAUCAUUUUGUUGGGCUAAAUUUCAACUCCAACUUCAACUUUGCACUAGUGGGACAUCUCUUGAAAGGGUACAGGCAUCCUUCUCCUACCACUGUAGCAAGGACAGUGAGGAUUUUGCACACACUCCUCGCUCUGGUUAACAAACACAGGAACUGUGACAAGUUCGAGGUGAACACCCAGAGCGUGGCUUACCUGGCAGCUCUGCUGACAGUGUCUGAGGAGGUUCGGAGCCGCUGCAGCCUAAAGCAUAGGAAGUCUCUCUUACUGACAGACGUUUCGAUGGAAAAUGUUCCCAUGGAUACCUAUCCCAUACAUCACAGUGACACUAGCUAUAGGACACUAAAGGAGAACCAGCCCUGGUCAUCCCCCAAGGGGUCAGACAGACACCUGGCUGCCAACUACCCGACCGUGGGACAGAUCAGCCCUCGCACCCGGAAAUCCAUGAGCCUGGACAUGGGGCAGCCUUCACAGGCCAACACUAAAAAGCUUCUAGGUACAAGGAAAAGUUUUGACCAUUUGAUAUCGGACACAAAGGCUCCUAAAAGGCAAGACAUGGAAUCUGGAAUCACAACGCCUCCCAAAAUGAGGAGAGUAGCCGAAAAUGAUUAUGAAAUGGAAACCCAGAGAAUAUCACCACAGCAACACCCACAUCUCCGGAAGGUCUCUGUUUCCGAGUCAAAUGUCCUCCUGGAUGAAGAAGUUCUGACUGACCCAAAAAUUCAAGCUCUGCUGCUUACAGUUCUUGCCACGCUGGUGAAGUACACCACGGACGAGUUCGACCAGCGCAUCCUCUACGAGUACUUAGCAGAGGCCAGCGUUGUCUUCCCAAAGGUCUUUCCUGUUGUGCAUAAUUUAUUGGACUCCAAGAUCAAUACCCUUUUAUCGCUGUGCCAGGAUCCAAACUUGUUGAAUCCAAUCCAUGGGAUUGUGCAGAGUGUUGUCUACCAUGAGGAGUCUCCACCCCAGUACCAAACAUCUUAUCUGCAGAGUUUUGGAUUCAAUGGGCUGUGGAGGUUUGCUGGCCCCUUCUCCAAGCAAAACCAAAUCCCAGACUAUGCUGAGCUCAUAGUGAAGUUCCUUGAUGCCUUGAUUGACACGUAUUUGCCUGGCAUUGAUGAGGAAGCCAGUGAGGAAUCUCUCCUGACCCCCACGUCUCCGUAUCCGCCGGCGGUGCAGAGCCAGCUCAGCAUCACCGCCAACCUCAACCUCUCCAACUCCAUGACCUCACUGGCCACUUCCCAGCACUCCCCAGGGAUCGACAAGGAGAACGUGGAGCUCUCGCCCACGGCCGGCCACGCCAACAGCGGGAGGAUGCGCCACGGCUCCGCCAGCCAAGUGCAGAAGCAGCGAAGCGCCGGCAGCUUCAAGCGUCACAGCAUCAAAAAGAUCGUGUGAUUGUUGCUUUUUAAUUUUAUUUUCUAUCUUUGGACCCGACUGACACGCCGGCCCCUCGCGGAGGGCCCCGCGCCGGGUGUGAUGCUGCACUUGAUUUGUACAGUUCCCAUCCCGUCGGCCGCGUGGCCAGAUGAUCAAUUCCUGACCCAUAGCCCGAGUUAACGCCUUCAUCCCUCCCUUCUCUUUGGUUUGAGUGUUCCAGAGCUGCGCGGAUCCCGAGGGAGGUCUGGAGUGCUGUGACGCUGCAGAGCCGCGUCUCGUCCAAAUCCAAAGCCAUUUCCCGAAACAGCCCCGCUGUGCACCUGCUCUGGCCUCGGGUGUUCCUGCUCUAAAGGGAAGUGUUGAUCCUUAACCCUCUUUGCACACCUCAAGGUAGUGGCUUCCUGAGCCAGGGAAGUUUCUCUAAUCCUGGUUUUAAUCCAAACGUGUAAGAUUUUAGCUGUGGACUUUUUUUUACCAUACUGAAAAGAAACUCACGAUAGCCACAGUACAAUGAGCUUAACAGAAGUGGUGGAUUAGGUUAAAUUUCAGGUCAUUAGCAAUAAAUGGGAGAGGAAAAGGAGGCUGCAGGAACCCCUCAUUCCCCAGCUUCACACACUUGGACUGUACAUGGACCAGACUGGACAAACUGGCUUUUUUCCCCAACCUUUUUUUUUUUUUUUCUUUCUGUACUUUACUGCCCUGGGGAGGGUGGUACAGGGGGAAACCCCCGGGAGCUGCCCCUCGGGCUGUCGUUGUAGCACUGCGGGGAGUUAUUGCCUCUUCCUUCCGCUGAACACGCGCUCGAGCGUUUUGGUUCUGCCCUUCCCGACAGAGCUCCCUGCAGAGCAGCCAGGGGGGAUGGAGGGGUGGAUUCUCCUGGCUCUGGGGAAUGGUGUGUGGCAAAGCUGCCCCUGUGCUGCCCAGGCAGGCGCAGCAACAGCCCCGUCUGCUCGAGGUACACGAACUGAAGGGAGCUGACACUGUAGGAUCGGUCCCAGGGCAGGGCCGGGGCUGCCCCUCUGUCCGCGGGACCCCCGGGGCGGGUUCGGGGUCCUGCAGGGGUUCCAGGAACUGAAGGUGCUGCCUUUGGUCACUGCCAGGCUCUGGUGACAGCGCUGGGGACGUGCUGCUGUGCGAGGAGGAGGCGGGAGCUGGGGCAGGGUGUCCCUGGGGGCUCACGCAGCUCCUGCUCAGGAACAAUUCCGCUUCCCAGUUUCUUAUCCCUGUGCUGUGGUAGGAAUCAACAAUCCUUUGGUGGCUUUAAAGGAAAAAAAAACCUAUCCACUAGGUAAAAGCCAAUCCUCCAGUGCAAUCAUUAAUGGCUUUCAGUAAAUCAAACUCCACAGCUAAAUUAUUAGAGAAUGGUACAAUUAAGGGUUCCGAUUUUAUUGCUAUAGCACACAAUUCCCAUGUAUCCACACCAUAACAAUGUAACAUUUAUGUAAAUAAAAAUACCUUUAUUGUAUUGAUUCAUAAAAUAACAAUUUCUUUAAUUUGUUUACAGUCCUGGAAAAGCUAUGAACACAAACUUCAUAUGCAAAUAGUUUGUUUGCCAAAACAAGAGGAAGACUUAGGAUUAGCAGUCUUGGAAUAAACACAUUAGAAAAAUGAAGUGGUGCAAUUAACCCAAUCCCUUCACUCGGGGUGGUGCAGGUGCUGCAGCAGGAAUGUGGUCACUGGGGACACGGAGCGGGGUGUGAGCGGGGCCUGAGGCUGAGCCUCGGGGUCCCCAGGUUAGAAACUGUUGUCAUCUCACACCUCAGAUUGGGAGGAGCCACCCCUGGUGUCACUGUGGUUUGCACGGGGUUGUACCCAAUGGAGCUGGGUCCAGCCCUUCCCCUUUUGCUGAAGACAAGGAACUGUAGAAGCCUGAGGAUUUGUAGGUAGGAGGAAAACAAGAAUCUCUUGUAAAGGUGAUUUGCUGUUUUCAGUUGUUUCUCCUACAAGCAGGUUUCCUGUAAAGAGGAACAGGAAUUCCAGAGGAACUGCCCAACCGGUUUUGCUUGGGCAGAGAGGAAACCCUUCACUGUUCUGCAUUGCCACAUCAAAAGUGUCCCUCCUUCAGAACUGCUGCGUUCUCUGCAGCACAGAGGAUGUGAGAGCACAGGGGACAGUGAUGAAAAUCACCCUCCCUGGGGAACUGCUCCAAGCUCUCAGUCCCAGCUAAAAAUCUGGUCUCUUCAUAAAGUCAAUGAACAAAAUCUAAUUUCCUCUUUCCUGGAAGGAGGGAGUUGGUUGGAGGUUCCCCUGUGUGAGAGGGCCUGGACUCUGGCUGAGCAGGGAUGUCAGACUCCUGUGUCAGGUAGUGGGGGUGGAAUUGGGGUGUAAGGACAGCUGAUGGCCAAGGUUUAAUUUGGGAUCGUGUGUGCCCCGAUAUGCAGGAACGUUGUCUUGUACUGGUUGUUGGGAAGCUCGUGCUUGGCUUACAGGGAAGCACGGCCUCUGUGUAAUGAUUAAACUCCAAUCAGUAAUUAGUCGUUGAGUGCCUUACUGUCUCUCCAUUGCUCCCCUGCUCCCUCCAGCAGCCACUGCUGGGACUUUGCCUGUUUUUCUUUCUCACGUCCUCCUUCCUUUGUUCUUUCCCUGUCUGAGCACUCUCCCUCCUGCCCCAUUCCAGCCUGGGCUGCUCGACCGUGCUGCUCGACCGUGCUGCCGGUGAGCAGCAGUUGUUGCAGGUGACACUGCGGGUCUGAGGGCAGCAGUUGUUGCAGGUGACACUGUGGGUCUGAGGGCAGCAGUUGUUGCAGGUGACACUGUGGGUCUGAGGGCAGCAGUUGUUGCAGGUGGCACUGCGGGUCUGAGGGCAGCAGUUGUUGCAGGUGACACUGUGGGUCUGAGGGCAGCAGUUGUUGCAGGUGGCACUGUGGGUCUGAGCCCUGGCCCCGGGCAGCCCACGGGCCACCGGCAGUGGCUGCAGCUCCAGUCCCUGCUGCAGGGCUGGAGCUGCAGCCCCGGAGUCCCCGUGCUUUGACAUGGAAACUUUAGAUGCAGAAAAAUCCCACCAGGAACACGUGGACCACGUAACACCCUCGCGGGGAUCGUGUGCGACACCCCUGGCUCAGAGCCCGUUCCCACCCCACACUGACCACAGCUCAGUACUGUAAAGACAAUUAACAUUCUGUUUGUGUUGAUAUUUUCCCUGACUUAAAGAUAACUCAGUAGUAUUUGAAUAGUGCAUAACCUACCUGUAAUGAUGCCGAUGUUUCUGCUUUAGCGUGCAUGAGGUUCCCCAGACAGGGAACGUUUCACUAAGUCUCGUGGGCCGAGCCCCUGGCCCGUGCCAGGGCUCGCUCCGACCCGGGUUGUAGGUUUUAGGGCUUUUUCUGUUUCAUUCUAAGGUUAAUUUCUAUCAGUGUCAUGAAGCACGUCCUACUGUUAUGCAACAAACCACAGACAGUCACUCGGAGUGUUGGUCCCACCUUUUUUUUUUAUGCAGUAUAUUCACCUGUAAAUAAUUUUUGUGUAAAAUUUGACAGAAAAGUAUAUUUACUACACUGUAAAUACAUGUGACAAUAUAUUGUAUUAUUUUGCUUUUUUUGUAAAGCAGUUAGUUGCUGUAUAUGUAUAACAUAUAAAUUUGAUUAUUCUAGUGUUAGUAACUGUUAACUCCUCCUCCUCCCUGUUGCUGGAAGCAGAAGUUGUGUCCCACACGCUCACCCUGGGUGUGGUCUCACUGCUCUCCCGGCCCCUCGGGGCGCUGGAGUGUGAGCCUGGCCCUGCACCGGGGGAGCUGAGGGUCAGAAUGGUGGAAACCUGGUUUCAGAUAAUUAUUGUUCACCCACUCUCCCCUCAUGUAUGUACUUUCCCUUUUUUUUGAAGUAAAAUGUAAAUUGAACCUGCUCCCAGUUGUUUGAAGGUCAUUCCCGGGGGCUGUGGCGUGAAGGUGGUGGAUGCUGACAUCCCUGCUCUGCUGGGACAGUGAGUUUGGGUGGGUUCUUUGGGGCUGAACCAAGGGAUCCAGCCCAGUCCCAGACCCAAGAGCCCACUUCUUCUGGGGAAAAUUAGAACCAAGUUGAAAUGCAGUGUCUGGAGGUUUGUCUUCCCAGACUGGUGCUGCUCUGGGUGUGGGAACUGCACAGAUCUAAGUAAUGGAAAACCCAAUUGCCUGUGGUGACUGAGGACAGAAUAAAGCCCAUUGUCAUGAAUUUCAUGUCACUUCAAUAAGAUUAUCAUAACUGAAUAAUAAAUCAGAAUACUUCUUUUUAAAAUGUAAAUUUAAUAUUGUAAUAAAACAGCUGCUUGGUCUUUAAAGAACAAUUCAGCAUAAUUUGUCUAUUUGAGCUUUUCUAGCUUAGAAGCUUGAGGUUUCAGCUGUCAGACAACUUCUAUGACAAGUGAUUAAUCAUACCUAUUUUUCUUUUAGGGGGAUACAUUACUUUCCCAUUAAAAAUGUAUAAGUACUUAUGUUCUGGCUUUGUGAAUCGUAAAAGGAUGUAAAGACACAUUAAAGUGUGACUGCAUUGA